AUGUCAAGCAUCCUCAGCCUCAGCAAGCCUGCCUCUCUCGAGCACGCGUCUAGUGGCCUGGAUCGCGCCUCAUUUAACGUCUACGACGAGGCCGACCGCCAUAUCACCGCUCCACUGCAGGAGCACCCACGUAGUCCCAGUCCUAGCUCCAGUGGUAGCGAUGGCUACGACGUCGACGCCGACCAAGGAGAAGCCGAUACAAACCCGAGGAGCUUUGCUAAUGUGCGCCGAGUCUCUGCGAAAGUACGAUCGAAAGUGAAGAUCAAGACACACAAGCUCCUGCAUACCUCCCAUCAGCAACAUGCUCAUCAGUUGCCCACAGCUCCUGCUUUGGCGCCGGCACCCAUCCACGAUGGCGAUGAGGACCGCCUUAAUCAUCCUGUACCAGAGCACAAGGGACCCCAAGUCAAAGAAUUCCUUCACAACCCGGUCGAUACUGUCUCAUCCCUACUACAUGGCGCAAGUGGGGCAAAGAUGGCUGCUGUUAUGGACAACCAAGUCAUAGCCCACGGUGCGGAUGUGAAUCUGGUCCGGGUAUACGAUAAGGCGUCGAAUGCCGACAAUAAGGAGGAACAACAGUCGGCGCUGGCGGAGUUGGAGGAUUUGAAAAAGACAAGACAAGACCAAUACGUCAGAUGGACAAUGGAUCGCCAUGUACUCAAAAUUAGAAGAAUACCGCCCCACAAUCUACCGCGGCCGCAAAAGAAGGACUUCCGAACAGGGGAUCAGAAGAAAGAAGGCCAAGUCAACUGGGCCAGUUACAGCCAGCAUCUCGCACGUUUUUAUGCCAGGCACUACUGUGACCAGUACAUUGACGAGUCCCCAACCCUACCUUCGGCAAAUGAGGACGCCAUCAACACUAGUUUGGAAAGGUUCCUCAUGUCAUCAACGCCGUAUCAAGUGGUCCUCAUGAAGAUUCGGCACAUUUAUCGCUGGGAUGACCCUGUGGAGACCGGCGUGUACCUUGGAUCCUAUCUCUUUUUUUGGGCCAUCGGUCAUCUUGCAGGUGCUGCGGUUCUUGGCAUUAUGUGGCUCGUGCUUAUGCGACACCUGUACCCUCCCACGGCCGAAGAUCUCCGGGAAAAUAUUGAACGGUCUGAGGACGUUGAGCAGACCGCCACGAAUCUCACUCAGCUGAUCGAGCAGCAUGGAUCUCGUGGGUGGAUGGCCGCGUUGAUCAAAGAGCUGGGACCGAGAUCACUAUUAGCACUGGGCGAUAUGGCAGACACUUUGGAGAUCAUGAGAAACUUCUACCAAUGGCGGAGCCCACCCCGCACAAUGUUUUCGCUAUCACUUCUCGGUCUUGUUUGGCUAUUCAUCGCCACCACACCUCUCUGGCUGCUGGUCAAGAUGUCACAACUUGAAGCCGCCAUUAUGUUUUUCGGGACUUUUCCAAUUGCGAGCCGCAUGCCACACUAUCGGCAUGUUGUAUCGCCAUUGACAUGGUUAUUUUGGAAGAUACCCACAGAUGCCGAGUGGGCCAUAGCUCGCUUGCAAGUGGAAGCCAGGCACAGCAAAGAUGCACUGCCCACAGAGCCCUCCAAAAAAGUUGAAGGCGCGUCAGAUAAGACGACAAUGCCUUCGAAGGCCGAUGACGAGACCGAACCUGCAAUAGAUAUUGGCAGAUAUCAUUGCACGUGCCAAAGCCAUCAUGGAGAUCUUCACGUCAGCUCAAGUGGUGCUCGCUACGUAACUGCAGUGAGAUCAACCCUUCUAUGGAAGCUACGAUUUGACAAUUGCAAGACCAUACGCAAAAAUUCUGAUAGUGGGCUGAUUUUCGAGCUUAUGGAUGACAGCGAGUUCAAAGUUAUGGGUUUGGCGCUUAGGAAUGAAAUCUUCACUCAAAUAAUUGGCUAUAGUGGCCUAGCAUGGCAGGUCACUGGAUGA